CGCAGAGCCACACCAUAGGAAUUUGAAAGAGUUCUUUUGGAAGACUGUCCAGCAAGAUGUCCAAGAUCACAGUCGCCGGAGUGCGCCAGAAUGUUGAGCAGCUGCUCAACUACUCUCAGAAUGAGAAGAAGAGAAACUUCCUCGAGACCGUCGAGCUUCAGAUCGGUCUGAAGAACUACGACCCCCAGCGUGACAAGCGUUUCUCCGGCACCAUCAAGCUGCCCACCAUCCCCCGCCCCAACAUGAGCAUCUGUGUUCUCGGUGACCAGCACGAUCUCGACCGUGCCAAGCACUUCGGUGUUGACGCCAUGUCCGCUGAUGACCUCAAGAAGCUGAACAAGAACAAGAAGCUCAUCAAGAAGCUUGCUCGCAAGUACGAUGCCUUCGUCGCUUCCGACUCCCUCAUCAAGCAGAUCCCCCGUCUCUUGGGUCCUGGUCUUUCCAAGGCCGGAAAGUUCCCCACCCCCGUCUCCCACGCUGAGGACCUGGCUGGCAAGAUCAACGAGAUCAAGGCCACCAUCAAGUUCCAGCUGAAGAAGGUUCUCUGCUUGGGUGUUGCCGUCGGCAACGUUGGCAUGACCGAGGAUGAGCUCGUCGCCAACACCAUGUUGGCCAUCAACUACCUCGUCUCCCUCCUCAAGAAGGGCUGGCAGAACGUUGGUAGCCUUGUCCUCAAGGCUACCAUGUCUCCUCCCAAGCGUCUCUACUAAGGGACUCUUACGCUUUGCUGCGCUGGAGGUCUAGAGGGAUCAUCGAGUUUGGGAUUGUAUAGGCCUUAGUUGACUCUACGGGAAAUGUGACCCACGACUUUAUAUCCCUC